AUGGAGGGACCCUUAUAUGAAGACAUAUUUAGGUUGGACAAGUACCUCGUGAAUGGAGUCGACUUACACUUGAAACUAUUUCGUAACAGAGCUCCGUUUGUGAUAAUGAGUGGUGAGGACAGUCCAGCAUACAAGUUUGAAAUACUCGACGUGGCAUUCAAAGCUUGCAUGGUCAGGGUUGAUAGUGGCGUUCUCAUCAAUCAUGCCGCAAUACUCAAGGAGGUCACGGCAGAGUACCCUCUGACGAGAACUGAAGUAAAGAUGAACACGAUCUCCUCCGGGAUUGGUACGUUCAUCUGGCAGAACGUCUGGUCCAACAAUUUACCUACAAAAGUGUAUUUCGCUUUUGUUAAACAGACGGCAGUGAACGGAGAUUACACUAAAAAUCCGUUCAAGUUCUUGAACCUUGCGCAAGAAAUCGGUCUGUACGUUAACGGAGAAAGCAUACCUGCUCGCCCCAUUAAAAUGGACGUAGGAGACAACAGAAAUUACGUCACACCAUUUGUCAACCUUUUUGAAGUAGCCGAAUAA